UAAGAGAAUCUUUUGACGUGUGAGAGAGACGACAGAGAGAUGGAGCUGAGUCCAUCUGGUUUGUACAGUUUAGAGGAGUUGGUUGUUGGAGCUCCAAGAACGCUCUUCACUUCACACGACACUAACUUCUUCCCAAACGGAUUAUGGAUCGAUGAUGAAUCCUUAGAUCCUCCGAACCACCCAGAUUUCGUGUCCUCCUCUUCUUCUUCGCUCCUCGACCUCCUCACUCUCCCCCAACAACCCACCACCUUUGCAUGCCCUCAUGACCUGCAGAUCGACCAUGGCUAUGCUGCGCACUUUUCGGCGGCGCCGCAGGAUGUUGAGGACUUUGGGGUUUUCGGGCAGAUUGGUAAUCUGGAGAGUGAUGGGUUUAGUGGGUUGAGGAGCUGCGGUUGUGUGGAAGUGAAGAUGGAGCAGGGUAACAAUGGCGGCGGCGGAGAAAAGAAGAGUAAAUCCAAGAAAGUUGAAGGGCAGCCUUCCAAGAAUCUAAUGGCGGAAAGGCGGAGGAGGAAACGCCUUAACGACCGCCUCUCCAUGCUUAGAUCAAUCGUUCCCAAGAUUAGUAAGAUGGAUAGAACCUCCAUUCUUGGAGACACCAUUGAUUACAUGAAAGAGCUGUUAGAGAAAAUCCAUCAACUGCGUGAAGAUACCAUGGAAGAAGACGAGAAAAGCCACAUCAUCAAAUCCCUCGCACCAAACACCAGGGAACUCAAGUCUAAUGAAGCAAUUGUAAGAAAUCCUCCAAAGUUUGAUGUAGAAAGGAGAAACGUGGACACUAGAAUCGAGAUAUGCUGCGCAACAAAACCCGGUUUGUUGUUGUCAACUGUGAGCACAAUAGAAGCUCUGGGUCUUGAUAUUCAUCAAUGCGUCAUCAGCUGUUUCAAUGACUUCUCCUUCCAAGCCACAUGUGCAGAGGCGACGGAUCACAGAACGGUUCUGAGCCAGGAAGACGUAAAACAAGCGUUAUUCAAGACAGCCGGCUAUGGAGGAAGGUGUCUGUAGGAUCGGAAUAGAAUAUUAUUAUUGUCUGGGGAAUAAAUUAAGUAUUCCCACUGUUUAAGCGGACAUACAUGUCUCUUAUUCACAAGAAUUUUUGCAAGUCUUUUAAUAAUAAUAACAUAAUGUCGCCAUCUCCAAUAUUUCA